UUUGGGGAAACAUGGGCCUGCCUUUGCUACUUCUUAGCUAUGUGACUUUGAUCAAGUUACUUCACCUACCUGUGCUUCUGUUUCCUUCUGUGUAAAAUGUGGAAGAUAACUGUUACUUGACUUGAUAUGGUAUGUACUAAUUGAAAAAGUGGUGGUAUUGUCUUAAACCUCCUCUGGCUCUCACAGACAUAUUCCUACAUCUCCAGCUCUGGAAGUGAAGCUGAAGACCAGAGUAGGUGUCUGUGCACAAGAGGGACCCAGUGAAUGGCUGGGCCAAAGACUUGGGUGAACCCAGCUCUUCAUACAGCCCUCUGCUCCUCUCUGGGAAAGCCCAAAAUGUCUGUUCUCAUUUGAUGGGAAUGAGAGUAAGGUUUUGAAUAAAAGAAAGGUCAAGUGCAGGGCAGUGACUGUCUCGAUGUCAAGCUCAAUGCUGUAAUUGUGCUAUGUAAAAGGCUUGUACCGUGAACAAGGAUAGCUUCAGUCUGGGGAUUAAAAGGACUGUUAGAAGACUCUUUUGUGGCACGUAGGAGCCCUGUGGGGUCAGGUGGUUCUCCUAUACCCUGUGCAACCUGGUCCUGAGCCCUACAUAGAGAUUUGAAGGAAGGAAGAAACCAAAUCACUCUCAGCUCUACAUCUGACACAUAACAGAGAACAAAGGACAGACAAAUGUGAUAACCAGUGAUGGUGAGGAGUAAACAGGAAGCACAUUGUCUAGGCCAUGUAGAAACUUGCAGUCAAAUGGUGCUAAAGAAAUGAAUAUGGCUAUUCUGAUUGUGAAAGGGAGAGGGAGGCCUGAGGCGAAGGAGGCGGCAGGCAGCUUCUGCUUAUCCUCCAGAUGUUGGGUGAUAAAGGCACAUUCUCAGAGGAAGGUUUUGAGUAGAGAGGAAGAGGAGGAUCCAGGAGGCAGGGAAUGAAUCAGCAGAAUUUGGCAGGGAAAUAAAGGAUUAAAGGCCUACCCCACAACGCAAUGCCAGGAAGAAGGAGUUGAAGUGACCUGGGUGAUUCUGAGCAACUCGGUCGGGGAGGCCUUCCUGGAGGAGGCUGAGGCCCCAAGGUGUGGCCACCCGACAUAUCAAGCUAUUUCCAGGGUCAGGCCCAGCACUCAAGCUGACUCAGCUGGGAUACCCACUGGUUCCAGAGGAUGAGGCUCCUCCGCAGACACUAUAUGCCCCUGCGCCUGGCCAUGGUGGGCAGCGCCUUUGUGCUCUUCCUCUUCAUCCUGCAGAGGGAUGUGAGCAGCAGGGAACAGGCCACAGAGAAACCAUGGCUGAAGUCCUUGGUGAGCCAGAAGGAUCACGUCCUGGACCUCAUGGUGGGGGCCAUGAACAACCUCAAGGAUUCGAUGCCCAAGCUCCAGAUCAGGGCUCCAGAGCCCCAGGAGACACUGAUCUCCACAAACAAGUCCUGCCUCCCUGGGUUCUAUACCCCAGGUGAGCUGAAGCCCUUCUGGGAACGGCCACCACAGGAUCCCAACGGCCCUGGGGCAGAUGGGAAAGCAUUUCAGAAGAAUGAGUGGACUCCCCUGGAGACCGAGGAAAAGGAAAAGGGCUAUAAGAAACACUGCUUCAAUGCCUUUGCCAGUGACCGGAUCUCCCUACAGAGGGCCCUGGGGCCAGACACUCGACCCCCUGAAUGUGUCGACCAGAAGUUUCGGCGCUGCCCAGCACUUCCCACCACCAGUGUAAUCAUUGUGUUUCACAACGAGGCCUGGUCCACGCUGCUGCGCACAGUGUACAGUGUCCUACACACCACCCCUGCCAUCCUGCUGAAGGAGAUCAUACUGGUGGAUGAUGCCAGCACUGAGGAGUAUUUAAAGGAGCAGUUGGAACAGUACGUGAAGCAGCUGCAGAUCGUGAGGGUGGUGCGGCAGGAGAAGCGGAAAGGGUUGAUCACCGCGCGACUGCUGGGAGCCAGCGUGGCACAGGCAGAGGUGCUCACCUUCCUGGAUGCCCACUGUGAGUGCUUCCAUGGCUGGCUGGAGCCCCUCCUAGCUCGCAUCACCGAGAAUGAGUCAGCGGUGGUGAGCCCAGACAUCGUCACCAUUGACCUUAACACCUUUGAGUUCUCCAAGCCCGUUCAGAAGGGCAGAGUCCAUAGCCGUGGCAACUUUGACUGGAGCCUGACCUUCGGCUGGGAGACUCUACCUCCACAUGAAAGGCAGAGGCGCAAGGAUGAGACCUACCCAAUCAGAUCCCCGACGUUUGCUGGUGGCCUCUUCUCCAUCUCCAAGUCCUACUUUGAGCACAUCGGUACCUAUGAUAAUCAGAUGGAGAUCUGGGGAGGGGAGAACGUGGAAAUGUCCUUCCGGGUGUGGCAGUGUGGGGGCCAGCUGGAGAUCAUCCCCUGCUCUGUGGUAGGCCACGUGUUCCGAACAAAAAGCCCCCACACUUUUCCCAAGGGCACCAACGUCAUUGCUCGCAACCAAGUGCGCCUGGCUGAGGUCUGGAUGGAUGGCUACAAGGAGAUUUUCUACCGGAGAAAUGUGGAGGCAGCAAAGAUAGCCCAAGAGAAAUCCUUUGGUGACAUUUCGGAACGACUGCAGCUGAGGGAACGACUGCACUGUCGUAACUUUUCCUGGUUCCUGCACAACAUCUACCCAGAGAUGUUCAUUCCUGACUUGAAGCCCACCUUCUAUGGAGCUAUAAAGAACCUUGGCAUCAAUCAAUGCCUGGACGUGGGUGAGAACAACCGAGGAGGGAAGCCCCUCAUCAUGUAUGCCUGCCACGGCCUUGGCGGCAACCAGUACUUUGAGUACACAACCCAGCGGGACCUUCGCCACAACGUUGCAAAGCAGCUGUGUCUACAUACCAGUGCUGGCAAUCUGGGCCUUAAGAGCUGUCACUUCACUGGCAAAAACCAAGUCCCCAAGGACGAGGAAUGGGAAUUGACCCAGGAUCAACUCAUCAGGAACUCAGGAUCUGGUACCUGCCUGACAUCCGAGGACAAAAAGCCAGCCAUGGCCUCCUGCAAUCCCAGUGACCCCCACCAGCACUGGCUCUUCAUCUAGGCCCCAGAUCAUCCCCUGUGGGAGUUCCCACAAGCCUCUCAGGAAACGGUCUUUUGGGGAACUGACGUGUGGGAACCCGAUCAUCAGCUUCUCUAUAGACCUUAAAGCUGGGGUUCUAAACCUAAUUUUGGAUGUCAAGGCAGCACCUUCCUACUCCUUGCAACAACACUGGGCCAUUUUCUUUUCUCCACAUUGAUGGAAGAGACUGUAAGAACACAUAACACUUGACCUCUAGAGCUUUCCUUGUGUCCUAGAAACAACGCAGAGAAAGCUCCUGGGAUAGGGCCCAAGGCAGCAAUGCGAAUUCAAAAAAAGGACCUCGGCAGCCAUGUCCUGACUCCCUGGUCAUCUAGAGCACCUACAGAAUCUAGUGAUGUAGUAUAUUCUAGCAGCUAUCCCUCUGUUAGAGGUCUAAGAGCAUCUCCCUUGCUAAUAGAACCCUACGUUUGUAGAGACAUUUACAGUUUACAGAAAACACCCUGAUAGAAAUCCUUUCUCUUCCUUCAUCCGGACAAUGACUCUGUAAGAAAGGCAGGACAGGAACCAGCAUGCCCACUUUGCAGAUAGGAAAGCUGAGGCAGAGAGGGGUGAAGGAGGUUGUCUGUAGUCCCACAGCUAGUGGAUGAUGGGAGCCAAGACUGAAGCUGGAUCUUGAACACUGAACAGGUGCCUUCCACCACACCACAAGAACACUAAACAACCAGCCUCCGGCGUUCCCAUUCUCUCUUCCCUCCCUUCUGAUCAUUUCUGACUGGCUGGUCUCUGUAAAGCUUAGAACAAUGGAGCCAGGUGACCGUGAGGAAGACCAUACAGUUCAUGGAGCCAGUGAUUCUCAGGUUUAAGUCCCAGAACCCUUUUUUUCAGUGCCCCAUACGUAAUGUAAUAAAAGGCGAAGUAGCCAUGGAUAAAAUUAAGGGUGGAUAAGGGCAAUGUCCACUAGCCCCUGAACUUCUAAAAUUCUGUAAGAUAAUUUGAAAACUUAUCAUUUUUUAUUAUGAAACCAAGGGCAAAUAAGUGAGGUAAUGUGCCCAAGGCCACACAGCAAGGCACUGGCAGCUGAGGCUAGGACCCAGAUAAGGCUAACAAGAACCCUGGGAAGUCUGAGGCAGCAGGGACAGUGUAUAGUCAAACACAACUGUAUGACUGGCCCUGUCUGCUGUACUUGCAUGAAGUUCCCAUGUGGAGCAGACCUGACAUGCAUGUCAGCUCUUUUCCAAGCAAGUUAGACCCCACACACUUGGACUCACAAUUCCUUCCAGGAUUUCUUUCGGUAGUAGGUUGUCAUCUUAGGCAUCACCACAUGAGGGUGCCAUGGGACCACAGCUGCCUCUCCUCGUCAGCAACUGACUACUACAGGUCUCCUGUCCCUGAAGAGCCUUCAGGACCCUGUAGAGGAAACAUUCUGGAUAGCCCAGCCACAGGGAGAAGACAGAACAUAGCCUCUCCCUGGAUGUGGCCAGGAGUGGGAAAGGAAACAGGUCUUCUCCAGAAAGAGAAGAGAAUUGGACAUGAGAUCCUGUAGAAAUAAAGGUUUUAUGGCAUUGGUAAAGGAAGUUUGCAUUGUAUUGUUCCUCAGCUGACCCUUUGAAGAAUCUGUUGGUUCAGGCUGGGAAAAACUACACACAUCUAAAAAGUCUGUCACAGCCACUGGCUCUUGUUUCCAAACACCCUCUGGCCCCCAAUCUAGCCUACACAUCGUGUGUCAAGCACAUGUAGACGUGAGGAGUUAUAGGAUGAGGCUCUUCCCCCGUGGAACUCAUAUGCUUGCUCGGGAAACGAGAUUCAAGCAAGUCUUGGAGUGUCCAGAGAUAUGCUAGGUGAGUUAGAAUAAUUCCUUCUAGAGGAAUCAGGGAGGGCCUCGCAAAGAUUGUGACAUUUGACUUUAGACCUCAAAGGAUGAAUCCUCAGGUGGGAAGGACUCAAUAAGCAAAGACCUCAUACAAGAAAUGAUCUCGCAUGAGAAGAGUCACAGAGGGACAAAGACACAAGUGGACCUGGGAGACCAAGAAGACAUCAGUGUGAAGGAGCAGUGGCUGGAGAAGCUAGAAGAUCAGGGCCACGUUAUGACUUUCAUGGGCACUUUUGCCUUCAUAAAAAAUAUUUAAAGUUAUGUUUUAUAACUGCAUUGGUCUAAAGAUGAGCAUAACCCAGGCUGAUAGUAUUCAUUUUAUUUAUUAGGAUUUUAAGAGAAACUAAAACAUUUUUGUGUGCCCCUAAAAGUAUUGUGGGCCCUAGGCAUGUGCCUGCUAUGCCUACUGGGUGAGUCAGCCCUAUAGAACAGGGGUUUGGGGCCCAAUUAAGAAGGCUUUGAGCCCUGGCCAGUUUGGCUCAGCGGUUAGAGCGUCGGCCUGCAGUCCAGAGAGACCCGGGUUUGGGUCCCACUAAGG